AGCCUGUGGGAGACGCUGCUGCGACCGCGCGACUGACGCCUCGAGCUAGACACCUGCCUUCCACUUGCUUCCUCGUUCCAGCAGGUUUUUCUGUUCCUUUUUUCUCCUCCCUAUCCAUACGCAGCCGUCAGCCCACAACAACAUGACCACCGACACCGGCCCCCUGCACCCAUACUGGCCUCGGCACCUAAAGCUGGACAGCUUUGUGCCUAAUGAACACUCCGGCUGGCAUUUGGUGGCUGGCCUCUUCUCUGUCUCUGGGGUCUUAGUCGUAACCACAUGGCUGUUGUCCGGUCGUGCUGCAGUUGUCCCACUGGGGACUUGGCGGCGACUGUCCCUGUGCUGGUUUGCAGUGUGUGGCUUCAUUCACCUGGUUAUUGAGGGCUGGUUCAGUCUCUACCACAAGGACCUUCUUGGAGACCAAGCGUUUUUAUCCCAGCUCUGGAAAGAGUAUGCCAAGGGAGACAGCCGAUACAUCCUGGCUGACAACUUCAUGGUAUGCAUGGAGACUGUCACGGCUUUCCUGUGGGGACCACUCAGCCUGUGGGUGGUGAUUGCCUUUCUCCGCCACCAACCCCUCCGCUUUGUCCUGCAGUUCGUGGUCUCUAUGGGCCAGAUUUACGGGGACGUACUCUACUUCCUGACGGAGUACCGCGACGGAUUCCGGCAUGGGGAGCUAGGCCACCCCCUCUACUUCUGGUUUUACUUUGUCUUCUUGAACACACUGUGGCUGGUGAUUCCUGGAUUCCUUGUGCUCGAUUCUGUGAAGCAGUUCACACAUGCCCAGUGUGUGCUGGACGCCAAGGCCACAAAAGCCAAGAGCAAGCAGAACUAAGGAGCUGUGGACCAGGCUCCAACACGGGCCAAUCAGGAGCUCUCCAGCUGCCAGAAGAGUCUGGUCCUGCUUCCACAGGUUGGAGGGACAAAGCUAAUUGAUCUGUCAAACUCUGGCUGAUGGGUGGGCACAGAAAGGGCCAGAGAUGGAGAAGAAAGGGGCUAUGUGAAGCUACUGCCAGGAGACAUUGGGACACAAAGGUAUAAGAGGAGCCGGGAGGUUCAUGAUGUUGGCAAUUUUUAAAAUCAGGAAAUAAAAUAUCUUGAUUCUAA